AUUUCCAUUCAUUUUCUUCUCCACGGACUCUCAAAGUCCCUUCAACUUGCAAUCCAAAACAACUCCAUUUCUCUCUCCCGCCAAAAAGAAAAAGAAGAAAAAAGAGAGAAAAUCCAAUGCCAGAUCUCUCGUUUUGAAAUUGAUUCCGUUCUCUUUUACUAACUAGUUGAAUUUCGCUGAUUCAAGAGAAAGAUCGUAGAUCCGAUUAAAUUCAACGACCGAUCGUAUUUUCACGAAGGCUAGUUGUUGAAAAUCGGAAAUCGGAUGCGAGAAACCGUUUAUGGGCUGCUAGAUGAUCUGAUGCGAAAUCCUCUGCAAACGCCCUAAAACAGCAUAUCUUAUGUAAAAAUCGCUCUUAACUUGCGAAUUCUUGCUCGAUCUUAGCCAUAAAUCGACCAAAUCAGCUGCAAAUGCUUCAAAACAAGUUGCUGAAAAUCUGAAAUCGCAGCUGGUGUUGAAGGAAAGGAGGGAAGAUGGGGACUUGUCCAAGGCUUGCGAGGCGGGCUUUGGAGACCAAUACGCCCGUCAUGGUUCAGAUACAAGAACUGCUUCGUGGAGAAAAAGAUGCGAUUUCGCUGGCACAGGGUGUUGUUUACUGGCAACCACCUGAAAAGGCUCUGGACAAGGUCAAGGAAUCUGUAUGGCAGCCUUCAACCAGUCGUUAUGGUGCUGAUGAAGGUCUUCCAGAGCUUCGGGAGGCUUUGAUUGAAAAGUUACGUCGGGAGAAUAAUCUGCACAAAUCUUCAGUCAUGGUCACUGCUGGUGCAAAUCAGGCAUUUGUGAAUCUUGCUCUUACACUAUGUGACCCUGGGGAUUCGGUUGUUAUGUUUGCACCAUACUACUUCAAUUCAUACAUGUCCUUCCAGAUGACAGGCAUCACUAACAUAUUGGUGGGUCCUGCCAAUCCCAAGACACUUCAGCCAGAUGCUGAUUGGUUAGAAAAGACUCUAUCAGAGAAUGAGGAAAAGUCAGUCCCAAAGGUUGUUAGUGUUGUAAAUCCAGGCAACCCAUCGGGGACCUACAUUCCAGAGCCUCUUCUCAAGAGAAUUUCAGAUCUGUGCAAAAGGGCUGGCUCUUGGCUUAUUGUAGAUAAUACGUACGAAUACUUUAUGUUUGAUGGAUUGAAGCAUUCGUGUAUAGAGGGCAAUCACAUAGUCAAUAUCUUCUCCUUCUCCAAAGCCUAUGGGAUGAUGGGAUGGCGAGUAGGAUACAUAGCAUUCCCGUCAGAGGCAGAGGGUCUUGCAGCUCAGCUCCUCAAAGUCCAAGAUAACAUUCCCAUCUGUGCCUCCAUAAUUGGGCAGCGUUUGGCACUCUACUCACUAGAAGAGGGACUCGAUUGGAUCAAAGACCGAGUGAAGAACCUUGUCAAGAGCAGAGACCUUCUGCGGGAGGCACUUUCGCCCCUUGGAGAGGAUGCGGCGAAAGGUGGCGAGGGUGCUAUUUACCUCUGGGCAAAGCUCCCUGAGAAAUACCCUGAUGAUUUCGAGGUCGUCCGCUGGCUGGUGCGGAGGCAUGGAGUGGUCGUGAUCCCCGGGUGUGCGAGCGGCGGGCCCGGGUAUAUUCGGAUCUCGUUCGGGGGAUUGAAAGAGGCUGAUUGUGAGGUUGCCGCAGGGAGGCUGAAAAGAGGAUUAGAGGAGCUGGUGAGAGAUGGGAUGGUGUGAUAAUCCGCAGCUCUGAUUGGUCGUUUAACUUGGAAUUUUCAGUUCCUGCUGGCUGAUUUCUUCCUUAAUAAAUAGGCUAUUUUGAUAGACAAAUACACGAGUCCAGAAAUACCCUUUCUCAUAA